AUGAUAAAACAAUUAUUAUUACUCGGAUUUAUUUGCAUUAUUGGAAUUAAAUGUGAAUUAACAGAACCUAUACAAAUCAGUCAAGGACAAGUACAAGGUUUAAGAAAUUCAUAUGCCGAUGAGUUCUUAGGAAUCAAAUAUGGUGAAUGUCCUAAACGAUUUGCGCCAGUAAAGGAUGUUCAGCCAUGGACACAAACAUUUUAUGCAAUAACUCCAGCACCAGGUUGUAUGCAAAAUUGUACAUCAUAUCCAAGUGCUUGCCCAACAAAUUCCACCGAAUGUUGUUUUACAUUAAAUAUUUAUCGACCUCCACAAACAUCAAGCAAUGCUAAUCUGCCAGUUAUGGUUCAUUUUAAUGGUGGAUCCUUUACUGUAGGUGCUGCAGGAGUACAACUACUAAAUGCUAGCCGUCUUGUUGGACUCAAUCAAGGUGUUAUUGUCAUUACGUGUAAUUAUCGUUUACAAGCAUUUGGUUUCUAUUUUUCUGAUAAUAUUACUGAUAGUAGAGCUCCUGGAAAUGUUGCAUUACUUGAUCAACAAAAAUGCUUAGAAUGGAUUCAGCAGAAUGUGAUCUAUUUUGGUGGUGAUCCAUCAAAUGUAACUAUAUGGGGACAAUCUGCUGGUGCAUCAUCGGUGGGUUUUCAUAUGCAACAGCAAUUUUUAAAAUACAAUGAAUUUAAACUUUUUCAUCGAGUUCUCUUUCAAUCAUGGCCUGCUGGUAUUCAACCACGAUCAUUAGAACAAUCAAAAGCAUAUAAUCGACAAUUUGCCCAGUUAUGUGGCUGUUAUCCUUCACUCGAUGUAAUUGAAUGCCUUCGUAACAAAAGUGCUGCAGACAUUCUUAAAUAUUCAAGUCUCAUUAAGUAUGAUAUACCAACAUACUUAAAUAAACCACUUACUGUUGGUUUACCAUGGGACGCUACCUUAAAUCUUCCUUCAUUUUACCUACAGUAUGGUAAUGUUGAUUUUAUCAAUCGGUAUGCUUCUCAAAUUACUAUACCAGUCAUUUGGGGCAUUGAUAAAGAUGAAGGCACAUUGUUUAUUGAUGAAGCAGUAAACAAAUCGGUUCCACUUAACUAUCUUAUAGCUAAAGGAAUCGUUGGUUUUUUAUGGUUUCCACAAAAUGUAGAUAAAAUAUCAGAACUUUAUAAUAUUACUAAUCCAUUCAAGAAAGACUAUCAUGAUAUCAUUGCUCAAAUUCUUGCUGAUUAUGCAUUCACUUGCCCCAUGCGUAAUAUGAGUAGAUCACUUACACUUGCUGGCAAUACAAAUAUAUAUUCAUACGUUUUUGAUUACAUUAUUCAGGCAGUUCAAUUACUUUAUGGUUCAUCACAUUGGGCUCCAGAUUGUUAUACUCAUGUAUGUCAUAAGAGUGAAAUGCCAUUUGUUUUUAAUCCACCAAAUAUACCAACUAUUCAAUUUACAGACGAAGAAGAAAUCUUUGCUCAAUCGAUUGGAUGUCGUUGGACAAAUUUUGGGAAAACAGGAAACCCAUAUAGUUCAUCAUGCGCUUCGCCUACUUGGGAUGCAUUUACAAUAAACACCAACACAAGUCUUUAUCUUACAUUAGAUACCACGGGAUAUGUGAACAAUUACCGUGGAAAUCCAUUUUGCGAUUUCUGGGAUAAUCUAGGUUAUACUUUCUAA